AAACCCCUCCUCUCUCUCUCUCUCUCUCUCUCUCUCUCUCUCUCUCCUUCGCUCUUCUCCUCUCUCGUUCUCGCUCUUUCUCGUCCAUGGCGGAGGCGAAGGAGCCGCUCCUCCGCCCCAAACCAUCGCCCCCCUCCACCGCCUCCUCCCGCCUCCCCCGCCCCUCCUCGGCGGCCGCAAUCGGCGGCGGAGCUCAGACGCAGCGGCCCCUGUUCCAGGGCAUGGACGUGCUCGGGCUAAAGAAGCGCGGGGGGAGCAUCCGCUCGUGGAUCCGCGUGGACGCGGCGACGGGGGCGUCGCAGGUGAUAGAGGUGGACAAGUUCACGAUGAUGCGGCGGUGCGACCUCCCCGCGCGCGACCUCCGCCUCCUCGACCCGCUCUUCGUGUACCCCUCGGCGAUCCUGGGGCGGGAGCGCGCCAUCGUCGUCAACCUCGAGCAGAUCCGGUGCAUCAUCACCGCCGACGAGGUCCUCCUCCUCAACUCCCUCGACUCCUACGUGCUCCAGUACGCCAUCGAGCUCCAGCGCCGCCUCACCGCGAGCUCCUCCGACCCCUCCAACCCGGACUACCUCCCCUUCGAGUUCCGCGCCCUCGAGCUCGCCCUCGAAGCCGCGUGCACCUUCCUCGACGCCCAGGCGGCAGAAUUAGAAGUUGAAGCAUAUCCCUUGUUAGAUGAGCUAACAUCAAAAAUUAGCACUUUAAACUUGGAACGUGUUCGCCGCUUGAAAAGCCGGCUUGUUGCGUUGACUCGGAGAGUUCAGAAGGUCAGAGAUGAAAUAGAGCAGUUAAUGGACGAUGAUGGUGAUAUGGCUGAAAUGUAUCUCACCGAGAAGAAGAGGAGAAUGGAAACAUCAUUUUUUGGUGACCAGUCCUUAGUAGGAUACAGUUCUACAGGUAAUGCUGGAGUAUCGGUUUCUGCACCGGUUUCUCCUGUUUCUUCACCACCUGAGUCGCGAACGCUUGAGAAGGCCUUCAGCCUUUCUAGGAGUAGGCAUGAGAGUGUGAAGAGUUCAGACAAUACGACGGAGCGUAUUGAGGAGUUGGAAAUGUUAUUGGAAGCAUAUUUUGUCGUCAUUGACAGUACUCUCAACAAGCUAACUUCGCUGAAGGAGUAUAUUGAUGACACAGAAGAUUUUAUAAACAUUAAGCUGGAUAAUGUCCGGAAUCAGCUGAUACAAUUUGAACUGCUACUCACAACCGCGACAUUCGUCGUCGCCAUUUUUGGGGUUGUCGCUGGAAUUUUCGGGAUGAACUUUGAGAUACCAUUGUUUGCACAACCGGAUGCAUUCCAGUGGGUGCUCGUGAUCACCGGGUUGUGCGGCUUGUUCCUCUUCUCCUUUUUCGUGUGGUUUUUCAAGUACAAAAGACUAAUGCCCCUAUAGAUUCUUCUCCGAGAACUUGAAAAGGACGGAGUCAACUCAAUUGUUGCGCUCCGAGGAUACUCUGAAAUGGGUAAUGUGUCCCUGAUUCUUCCCUUUUGUGUGUGUAUAUAUUAUUCUUUCAUAAUCUGAUAGUGAAGGUUGAGAAAACAAUUGCAUUCCAGUGGUGUAAAAAAGGAAAAGAAUGUGAGAAUAAGCUUAAUAGUAAUUUGGCUUUUUUCCAUGCUUUGCCUAGCUUUGAAAAUGUUUUAUAUUUGUGACAAUAUAGUUAGGAGCUAGAUCUAACGCAACUUAUACUCUGGACUUUAAACAUGCGUUAACAUGCGAGUUGCACAGAGCAUUUGACUGUUAUCGAUACAUUUGGUUGGUGUAAAUUUAGAUCUUUAAGAACUGAUAGAACCAAACAAAAUCCCUGUAAACCAUUUGGGCGUUGAAGGCUUGAAGCAUACUCGGAUUUUAUUUCCGAGUGUUCAUUUUCAUUAUUUAGGGCAGGAAAAGCAAAGCAAGGACAGAAGAAAGAAGAAAUUAUUAAUAGACAGUUAAGUAUAUUUGUGUAUUUGGAAAACCUGUUGGUGUAUGUAUCACUAGUUAGAUCCUCUAAUACUUUUUAAGUCAUGUUAUUCUUCAAGAGUGGUUACUAUUUGAUACAUCUAAAUUCUCCGGCUUUUUUUUUUUUCUUUUUUUUUUGUGCAUUCCUACUUGUAAGAUAGUAUUUUCCUCAUGUAAGGUGAUUUCUCAGUCCUCGAAAUUUAGUGUCACUUAUUCCUCACAUUGUAGACAUAUUUUAUACUUUUCGAUAUCCGAGUAACAAAUAUACAGAUAAAUGAUAUGCCGGAUAAGUUAUUUUGACAUCCAAACAAGCUCGUACUGGAGAGACCGUGACACGGCGUCGACAGACGAUCUUUUUCCUACAAAUCUCACAUGAUUGGUCUCAAAUAAUUGACUGCAUGAGAAAGAGCUGGGAAUUAUUGGAUGCCAAGGCCAUUGUGCAGUUAGUUUUGCCUGCAGUCAAGAUAUGCUUGUGCCUGGAAUAUUUUUUACCUUCUCUCUAUUUUUGCCAUCUUUCGCAGUUCUUGGGAAUGAAUUGUAGUAGUCGGUGUCGGCCGCAGAUUUCGUGCAGAAUUUACGCGUGAAAGGUGUACAGGUAACAUCUUUCAUUGGCUGUACUACGCGAAUCAAUUUGUUGUGUACAGCUUUUCAGAAAACUUCUGUCGUUGGCUGUACUGCGCGAAUCAAUCAAUCGUUGUACAGCUUUUCAAGAAACUUUUGAAGGUACUUGUGUGGGUCUUCACUUUUGCAUCCUCAGCCUAAUCUCUCAGGUUCCUUUGAUGGGUUCGUUGUAAUAAAUUACAAGAGAAAAGCGUUAGGUCAUAUGUGGAGGCCCCAUCAACUAUUGGCUUUUGUGAAAUAGAUCCCUUAGCUUUAAUUUUUUUUU